UUGGUUGGUAUGUCAUCAUUUCAGUUACAUCACCCACCUAUUAAAGCAAAGGGCAUCCACUAGUCUCUUCAGCUCCAACACACACAGAAGGCAGAGAAAAUGGGUGGAGCUGGAAAUGAAGAGAAAGCAGUGGUAGAGAACAGGGAAUGGUACUUGGCGGCCUACGCACCAGAAGGUGUUCCAACCUCCGAUCAUCUCAAACUCCGUACUGUCCCUCUUUCGCUCGCCGUUGAUUCCAUCCCCGACCGCCAUGUCGUCGUCCAGAACCUACUCAUCUCCGUUGACCCGUAUCAACGUACCAGACUCACUGGUCUUGACGAAGGCCUUUACUUUCCUCAGUUCAAACUAAAUGAGGCGAUAACUGCAUUUAGUGUUGGAAGGGUAAUUCGGUCAAAAGACAGUAAUUAUAAGGAGGGUGAUCUUGUCCUUAAUCCUUUCUCUCCGGUUGCUGAGCAUUAUGUGGUUCCAGCCGAGUUGCUCAUACGGAAGGUUGAUCCUUCAUCUGGGGUUCCGCUGCCAGAUUUUCUCAGUUCUCUUGGGGUACCAGGUUUUGCAGCGUGGGUGGGGAUAGAGGUGCUGGGAGACCUAAAGCCAGGGUCAAAUGUGUUUAUUUCAGCGGCGGCUGGAGCCGUCGGAAUGUAUGCCGGACAAUUGGCUAAGCUCAAAGGUUGCCGGGUCAUCGGAAGCACCGGUUCGGAUGAGAAGGUAAAGCUCAUAAAGGAGGAAUUUGGAUAUGAUGAUGCAUUUAACUACAACAAAGAAACGGAUUUAGAUGCUGCUUUAAGCAAGUAUUUCCCUGAUGGCAUCGAUGUUUAUUUGGACAAUGUUGGUGGUAAGAUGCUUGAGGCUGUCCUCAACCAUGUUAACGUGCGUGCACGGAUCCCGGUCUGUGGCAUGAUAUCUCAAUAUAAGAAGAUCUGGACAGAGAGAGAAGGGGUAAGAAAUCUUCUGAAUAUAGUAGGUAAGGAGGUAAGGAUGGAAGGGUUUUUGGUGGGAUCAUAUUUGGAUCGUUUCGGGGAUUUUACAAAGCAAAUGCAGAGCCUCAUAAUAGAAGGCAAGAUUAGUUCCAAGUUCAAAAUCUACCAUGGAAUUGAGAGUUUCUUGGAGAGCUUAGGCUCUCUCUUCACAAGCUCCAAUGUUGGAAAAGUUAUAAUUGAAGUUAAUCCAUAAUUUGAAAAUUUCUUCGUGCCCUUCUGGUUUGAAGAGCCAAAUGCUGUUGCAAUAAUAUUUGUUGGAUUUCUGAGCCAUGUCAACUGGUUUAUAUAUGUAAAGUAUAUAUAUAUAUUCUUAUUGGAAUGAUGCAGCCCUUAUUUUAUACUUUAAUUCAGUGAACAUGCACUGCUUCUAUCA